CUCAGAGUGCCAAGAGAGAGACAAAUUUUGCCAUUCUCACCUGCCUGUGUUAGGACAGUGUUUUCUUUCCUACCCUUCAUGCUUCUGCCGCCGCUGAUGGAGUGGAUGAGAGUGGCUAUCACCUACGCUGAGCACCGGCGCAGUUUGACUGUGGACAGCGAUGAUAUCAGGCAGACAGCCAGACUGCUCUUACCUGGACUGGACUGCGAGCCCCGGCAGCUAAAACCUGAAUGCUGCUUUAGUUCCUUCCGGAGACUGGAUGCUAAGGCUGCUACUGAAAAAUUCCAGCAGGAUCUGGGUUUCCGAAUGCUGAACUGUGGAAGGACGGAUCUGAUCAACCAAGCAAUCGACGCACUGGGACCUGACGGGGUUAACACCAUGGAUGAUCAGGGUAUGACCCCACUAAUGUACGCCUGUGCUGCUGGAGAUGAAGCCAUGGUCCAAAUGCUUAUAGAUGCUGGAGCAAAUUUAGAUAUACCAGUUCCCAGUACCUCGCCGCGGUACCCGUCGGUCCAUCCCGACAGCCGGCACUGGACCGCUCUUACCUUCGCCGUCCUACAUGGGCACAUCUCUGUUGUUCAGCUGCUCUUGGACGCUGGUGCCCACGUUGAGGGCUCUGCCGUUAACAGCGGGGAAGACAACUACGCCGAGACGCCACUUCAGCUGGCCUCGGCAGCGGGGAACUACGAGCUGGUCAGCUUAUUGCUAAGUAGGGGUGCUGAUCCGCUCCUGAGUAUGUUGGAAGUCAAUGGUAUGUCUUCAUCGCUUCAUGAAGAUAUGAACUGCUUCAGUCACUCAGCUGCGCAUGGGCACAGGAACGUUCUGCGCAAGCUCCUGACCCAGCCCCAGCAACUGAAGGGAGAUGUCCUCUCUCUGGAGGAGAUUUUAGCCGAGGGAGUGGAGAGCGACACCUCCAGCCAGGGCAGCUCCAGCGAGGGGCAAGUCAGGCUCUGUAAGACACGAAUGAAGGCCCUGCAGGAGGCCAUGUACUACAGCGCUGAGCACGGCUACGUAGACAUCACCAUGGAGCUCAGGGCACUUGGAGUCCCAUGGAAGCUCCACGUGUGGAUCGAGUCGCUACGGACAACCUUCUACCAGUCUCGAUACUCGGUGGUACAGACCCUCUUACGGGAAUUUGUCACCAUUAAGGAAGAGGACUAUAAUGAAGAACUGGUUAACGAAGGGUUGCAGCUCAUGUUUGAUAUCCUCAAAACCAGCAAAAAUGAUUCCAUCAAUCAGCAGCUUGCAUCCAUCUUCACCCACUGCUACGGCAGCAGCCCGAUCCCCAGCAUUCCUGAAAUCCGAAAGACACUGCCAGCUCGGCUAGAUCCUCACUUUCUAAACAAUAAAGAAAUGUCUGAUGUAACUUUCUUAGUAGAAGGAAAGCUAUUUUAUGCACACAAAGUCCUGCUGGUUACCGCAUCUAACAGGUUUAAGACGCUAAUGACCAAUAAAACAGAACAUGACGGCCAUGGCAGCAAGACUGUUGAAAUCAGCGACAUGAAAUACAGUAUUUUCAAGAUGCUGAUGCAGUAUUUAUACUAUGGAGGAACAGAAUCUAUGGAAAUUCCCACCACUGAUAUCUUGGAGCUGUUGUCGGCUGCCAGCCUGUUUCAACUGGAUGGCCUCCAGAGACACUGUGAAAUCCUCUGUGCCCAGACGAUCAGCACGGAGAACUCUGUUAACAUCUAUAAAUAUGCAAAGAUUCACAAUGCACCUGAACUAGCCUCUUUUUGUGAAGGCUUCUUCCUCAAACACAUGAGCUCUCUUCUAGAGCAGGACUCGUUCAAACAGCUGAUCUACAGCAGGAACAGCAAAGUGCAAGGCCUGGACCCUCUGCGGGACUUGCAGACGGCCCUGGCCGGCCGCCUGCACUCUGUGUACGUCACCUCCAGGGUGUGA